UUUCCAAACCAAGCAUGGAUUGGUAUCCUUUUACAUUCUCUCUGUCACACAUGCGGUUUUAAAGGCUUGUAUUCACACACACAUACACACACACUGACACUCACACUCACACACAGCUGCACUUGACAGUCUGCAGCCGGCCGUCCAUUGAAACAGAAACAACAGGGGGAAUUAAAGGAAGAAACUGAAGAACUCUGGAGUAAGGACUUUACUUGAAGAGACUGGAGUAACACUUGAAGACACUGGUGUAUUGAUUGGGUGAUAGUGAUCCAGGGUCUGGCAGUAACUGAAGAGAUCCAGCUAAAUCAUCUGUGUGUUCGGCAUGAGCUGCUCUGCUCUCCGUUGGCACCCAUGAAACGCUUCAGCAGCCUGAGGGGAGCUAAAAAACGGAAGGACCAAGAAGGACGGACUGGAAGACGGCAAUCAGAGCCGCACGGCCUCCUCAGAACCA